UAAUGGCAUAACUUUCAAGACCAUGUAAAUACUAAAUAUAAAUAACAUAUUCAAAAGACAAGAACGCCUAAAUUAGAAUAGAUAAAAAAUGAUCAAACAUCAAGAAUAACAGAAAACUAUGGUAUGAUCGUACAUUACAAGUAGUGCGCAAUAUGCAGCCCUGCUAAACUGCCCAAUCAAGGAUGUUUUGCCGGAUAAGCCAAAAGUACAAAUCCAUAACAUUGCACAGAUGUUUAAGUUCUGCAGAGGUCUCAACAGCAUUAAGACCUUUUUAUUUUAGUGUCCAUCCAGACUUAUUUGGAAAAUAUCCAGAACAAAGGAAAAUAAAUGAACACUCUUUGCAACAACUCAGUGCCCUAAUAGAAGCUCAGCAAUGUAGUAGAAAUAUAACAGUACCAAAUCUACCUUUCUAUUUAAGAAAAAGAGAUAUGCCGGAGGGACAAUUUAAAUUAAUAAAUAUAAAUAUUAAUAGCAAUAAUAUAAGGGAAACUGUCAUAAAAGUAUUAAAUGCAUGUGAUAUAUCUACAAGUUAUAUUGACAAAAUACCAAGGAGUCAACCUAAAAGAAAGGAAUUCAGUGAAGAAAAUUUACAGAAAGCUUAUGAAAACUAUUAUAAUGAGUUUGAAAAAGCAUCUCAUAUGAAGAGGAAAGUGGAAGAAAAAAGGGCUGUAAAUAACUUAUUUGAUUGGAUAGUUGAGAAUAGUAACAAGGCAAAGCAAAAAUAUGAAUCGACAAAAGCAACACGUGAACAAGUGAAAAAUCUCAUAGACAACCUCUGCCGUUCAUAUGGUAUUAAAGAACUGAAAUAUGACAACGGGUGGAACAUUAGUCAUAUUAGAGGAGCUUUACAAAGUCUCACGGAAAUGGCGUCACAGCAUUCGCAACAUAUGGUUAAUUUAAAAGGAAGAACAAUAGCACUUGGUCAGUUUACUGGAGUCAGUUUGGAUGGCGAUGUGUUCCUUAACAUUAUUGAUGUUAGGAAUGAGUGGCUUUCGCUUAUUAAAAAGGUUAGCCAAGAAGACAGUGCGCUCACAGAAAUACCAAACUAUGAGAAAGCAUUAUCAAGUAUACUAAGGGACAUUCAUAUAUCUAGAAGAAAAUUUAUGCCAAAAGUGUCUGCAACGCAAUACUGUUGCCACCUUCGACAGCUUAUAACCUCCAUUGGGGAUUUCUAUGGACGAGGGAAAAAAAUACCGGAUUCUGUUCCAGAGUCGCUUAGAAAAUAUGAGAUCGUUGUUGAACAAGAGGCAGGUCCCCUUAUGGUGUCGCCAACUGGUCAAUUCAUAACGCCGUCUUCGUGUCCGGCCGACGAGCUUAUAGCUUUCAUAAGUAAAAACUUAGACGAUGCCACCUUACUACUUACUGAAUAUAGCAUAAAUAAACACGUUGAAAAAGCGCUGCACAAGGAAGUAAAGGAACGGUUCGGUCUGUUAGACCUUAUCAAAGACGACAGCAUUACGCCGGCUCUGAUGAUCCUGUGCUGUCAAAGUCUACUUACACGCAUUGACACAAUAGACAAUAUGCUGCGAGGUAACAUUUUAUACGUGACACAUUAUUAUUCGGUACUAUCUGAUGGUGUUCUUUGCAUUCCAUGGGAUUUUAAAUGAAAAAGUCGAUAUGGGUAUACAGUGGAUUGUCAAUUUGGUUACAUGUAGCAUUUCAAUCCUAAAAGUGAUAAAUAUUAUAACUUUUCUAAAUCCUUACGUAACUACUCACACAGAAAGAUCUGUUGGAAGGUAGUUUUAAAAGUUUCGAUACGAUCGAGACGUCAUGUUGCUCAGAGUAGCUAAUGUCGACUGAACCGUGAACCAAUGUUGCGGACCUCAGCAUUAUUGUGUCACACUUAGAGCGUCGCGGUAGAGUUGUGGUACUUCCACUUACUUGUAUUUUCAAUUCCGGGAUUAGGACGGUGGGCGUAUCCCGAAAGGCGGGGCUUCGAAUCCCGCAUCGUCUAAAAAUAUUGGUACGUAAAUUUAAUUUACAAAUAAUUACAAAAACUCUUUGAUGUUUUUUAUUGUUAAUUAAUUUACGACAUCGAUACUUAAGUUAUUUUGAAAUUGACAUAAUUGAAAUGCCCGCCGAUACGUCAUGGAUUAGUGAAAAAAUGUAUCUGAUGCAUAUAUUUUGUUGUUGAAAUAAUAUGUCGACUAAAGAUGUUUCAAUGUAUAAAUCUUAAUUUUGGGAUGUCAACAGAUUUGAUCUAUUUUUUAUAGUUGUCCGUAGAAAAUGAUAUGUAUCUAAUGGAAGUAAAAUUUAAAAUUAUUAGAUUCUGUUUCAAAAAUUAUUGUAUUUACAACUUAUUGUAUUAAAUAAUUUAAAGAUGUAGAUAGUCUAGUCACAAAGUGAAAUAUUCAAAUAUGUAACAGUAUAUUAUGCAUUGUUAUUACUGUAAACAGAAAUAAUUAAUGUAAUAUGACUCUUUAAUUUGUUUAAAAUCGUUUAGUGUAAAUUACUAAUAGUCCGGUCAAAAUAGACAUUUAAUUUUAAACAAAUAACCAAAAUUUCCUACAGAGUUGAAGUUUGGGAUCUUGGCCAGACCAGUAGAAAUAAAGUGCCAAAAGUCACCAUCGAUCCCAUGGGUGCUAAAGUUAUUCAUGGUCGAAGGUCGGUGUUUUAGGUUUUUCUCGUGAACUGAUAGUUUCAAAUUAUUAUAGCCCAGACAAAAACAAGAAGAUUAUAAAGUUAUCUACACACAUGUGGCCUGUAUACUUAUUUUAGUAAGAGUCACCUUUUAAAACUAUCACCACUAAGAAAAAAGCGAUUCACUCGAUUGUAUGAAACGUGCAGUCAUUGACAGGUGUUCGAAUUCAAAUUCAAAAACACUUUAUUCAUGUAGGUCACGGAUGUGACACUUAUGAAUGUCAAAAAAAAUAUUGUUUUUUAUUGAAUUCACCGCUACUUCGUAAAGGGUUGAGCUAAUGAGAAGAAGUAGCAAGAAACUCAUUGCCACUCUUUUAAGUCAAGAUUUACAUUUUAAUUGUUUUACAAAUCAUUUCAAUUACAGUAUAUGCAAAGUGACGCAACAAAAAUACUCAAAUGUCAACAACUGAAAGGCUUACCCGAGUAAGUCAAAAAAAGUAAAUGAAUACUUAUAAACACAAGAGUUAUUGAGUAUAGUAGAUGCAUCAAUCCACACAUACCGUAAAUAAAUAGAGGCAUUAUGUGAGCAUUUCAUAAAAUAAAAUAUUAUAUAAUAACUUUAAAGGAAAUAAUAAUAAUAAAAAACACAUCAAGCAGACCUCCCGGUAACAAGAUAAGCCACCACGAGUAGCACCCGUUCACGAGCAUGACGCAUGGACCAGCCAUCGCCUCCUUCGACCAUAUUUUAGGGAAGGGAACGACCCCACGUCGCCGCCUUUGGUGACGGCUUUAAUCUUGUAAAGAAAGGAGAUCCGAAAUCAACUUAGUUUUAAGCAACUGUUCGCUUUCAAACUUAGCCGGAUUAUACUUCGUGGCCAAUCGCGAUACUGUAAUUACUACUAUUUCAAUCUUAUGUCAAAUGACUGCACGUUACAUAGUUAACUAAAUUUAAAUUUUUACUUAGGCAGUUCCGCCUCUUAUCACGUAAUAUUUACAUCCUCUUUGGAUAUUACCUACAAGUAGAAGGAAUUACAUUCUACAUGAUACAACCACCUAUGAGAUAGUGUGGAUUUUUUUUUUUAUUAUAUAUGAUCACUAUUUUUGCGUCUAACUUGACUGGAUAUUAGUAUAUUAUGAAAUAAAACACAGAUUAUAAGAAA